AACACACUACUGCUUACCAUUAUUUACCACUACCGUCUUUGUACAGAAUAGAGCAACGCUUAAUAACUCACGUGACAUCGCGACGGCGUGCACGCGUUUCCGCGGCCAAAAUGCGACUCAGUUGACAUCGUCACUCACAGUAACACAGGAAAAGCUCCAACAAGAAACGCACCUCCAAAAUGCCCGCCGAAGAGCUCUCUGACUUCGAAAAACAACGCCUAGCCAACAUCGCCGAGCGCGACCAACUCCUUAAAAAACUAAAACAAGAAGCCCAAUCCUCUGGCCUCGCCCUCCCACCACCACCACGCCCGACAACCAAAAAACCACCUACAGACUCCUCCAGACCGAAAAAGAAGCCCGUGCCCAGAAAACCAGUCGUGAAGGAUGAAUCUCUCGCCCCGCGCCGUGUAUCUUCCCGCUUGCGCGGACUCGCAGCAGACAGCGAAGUCGCGAAGCGCAAAGCGGACGAGCAGCAGGAUGCGAUGAUGGAGGCAGAGCGGGCGAAGAAGGUGCGCAAGUCGGAUGCGUUUUCGUUUAAUGAGAUGGUUGUUUCGGGGCAGAAGCUUAGUGGGGAAGGGUUGAUUGGGGUGGAUGUUGUGACGAAGGGGGUUGCGAAGCCGUAUGAGCGGACGUUUGGGGAUGAAGAUAUUCAAAUGACGACGGAUAAGGAUUUGAAGGCGGCGAGGGAGGAGAUGAGUGGGUUGCAGUUGUGGGAGGCUUGGGAGCCGAAUCGUAUCAAGUUGACACCCGAGCGAAUCUACACAAUGACAUUCCACCCCUCAGAAACAAAGCCAUUGAUCUUCGCGGGAGACAAACUGGGCCACCUGGGCGUCCUAGACGCAUCCCAAGAAAAGCCCGUCUCCGUCAAAAACGAAGAUGACGAGGACGCCGAAGAAGACGACCCAGAUCCUAUCCUGACAACUCUUAAACCACACACCCGCACCAUCAGCUCCAUGACCAUCCACCCUGCCAAACCAACACACCUCUACACCGCAAGCUAUGACAGCUCCAUCCGCGAAAUGGACCUGGAAAAGACCACCUCCGUUGAGAAAUACGCCCCGACAUCCUUAGCCGAUGACCUUCCCCUCUCCGGCAUUGAUAUGGCCGCGGACGACCCUAACACUAUCUACUGGACCUCCCUCGACGGUGCUUUUGGCCGCCAUGACAUGCGCGCGCCCCCGCCUUCAUCAACAGAGGUGGUGGAGUCAUGGCAGCUGUCUGAGAAGAAAAUCGGAGGAUUCUCGCUCUACCCAACGCACCCGCAUUACUUCGUCACGGCAAGUUUAGAUCGGACGAUGAAGCUAUGGGACCUGAGGAAUCUCUCGCGCGAUGAACCAGUUCCCGUCGGCGAACAUGCCAGUCGGUUAUCCGUUUCGCAUGCAGCGUUCAACUCUGCCGGUCAGGUCGCUACCUCGUCGUACGACGAUAGCCUCAAGAUCUACGAUCUCGCAACGCAGGGCAUCAACACCUGGUCAGAAGGUCAUGACAAGACCCUCUCCGACGAACAAAUGAAACCCGACACCGUCGUUCGUCAUAACUGUCAAACUGGUCGUUGGGUUACUAUCCUCCGCCCCCAAUGGCAGCAAAAUCCACAAUCCUCCAUCCAACGUUUCUGUAUCGGAAACAUGAACCGCUUCAUCGACAUCUACAGUUCCGCGGGUGACCAGCUCGCCCAGCUGAGUGGCGAGGGUAUUACCGCCGUGCCGGCUGUUUCUGUUUUCCACCCGAGCAAGAACUGGGUUGUUGGGGGGACGGCGAGUGGGAAGGUGUGCUUGUGGAUAUAAUACUUUUGUUUCUUUACUUGGGUUUAUCUACCAUCUUUUUUGUUAUGUUAUAUUGGAUACGACUCAGAACAGGUCCCAAGUCAAUUGUAGGAAGAAUACUUGUAUAAUCUAGCAGCUCCCAGGAGAGACCAAAUUUAUAUUCUUGGAACAUCUUUUUAUCUUAUCCAAUCCCAAACAGCGAACAGCAUUCAGGGCAGGGUAUCAACACCAUGGAAAAUGCUUUCCCGCAAUGAUCAACAGAAAAAGAAAAAAAAAUAUACACGAGGCAAACGAAAAGACAUCAA